ACACGAACGUUACGUAUGUAAGCUGCGUCCAACCACCUGCCCAUUUCGGGUCGGGAACCGUGGAACCGGUGCUGAAAUUCGGUUUCUGGGCAAACCGAAGCCCCGGGGGCUGUUGUACGAACAGCGCCAUGGCUGCGUCUUCCCAUCGGAUAACGUUUGGCCCGCUGGUCGCUGCUAUCGACCAGGGAACCAGCUCCACACGGUUUUUGGUGUUUAACUCCAAAACGGCCGAGCUUCUCAGCCACCAUCAGGUGGAAAUCAAGCAGAGCUUCCCCAAAGAAGGAUGGGUGGAGGAGGAUCCUAAGGAAAUCCUUCAGUCCGUGUACGAGUGCAUGGAGCGAACGUGCGAGAAGCUGACGCAGCUCAACAUCGACAUCUCAAACAUCAAAGCUAUCGGAGUGACCAACCAAAGAGAGACCACUCUUGUUUGGGACAAAGAGACAGGAGAGCCUCUCUACAACGCAAUUGUUUGGCUCGACCUGCGGACUCAAUCGACGGUUGAGUCUCUCAUCAAUAAGACGCCAGGAAGGAAUAAGAACCACCUGAAGCAUAAAACCGGACUCCCGAUCAGCACGUACUUCAGCGCCGUGAAACUCCGCUGGCUGAUGGACAACGUGGACGAGGUCCACCAAGCCGUGGUGUCGCACCGCGCCAUGUUCGGCACCGUGGACUCCUGGCUCAUAUGGUGCUUGACUGGCGGUAAGUCUGGAGGAGUUCACUGCACCGAUGUGACCAACGCCAGCAGAACCAUGCUGUUCAACAUUCACACAAUGAACUGGGACCCAGAACUGUGCAAAUAUUUCGGUAUUCCAAUGGAGAUCUUACCCAGUGUGAGAAGUUCCUCAGAAAUAUACGGCCUCAUGAAAAUAAGUGCUAGCCGGAAAUCCGGUGCUCUGUCAGGAAUCCCCAUCUCAGGGUGUCUCGGGGAUCAGUCGGCAGCUCUUGUCGGGCAGAUGUGUUUCCAGGACGGACAAGCUAAGAACACGUAUGGCACGGGCUGUUUUCUUUUGCGAAAUACUGGGGCAAAACCAGUGAUGUCUGACCAUGGUCUACUGACCACUGUGGCCUACAAGCUUGGCAGGGACAAGCCGGCCUGUUAUGCCUUGGAGGGCUCGGUGGCCAUCGCCGGAGCCGUGGUCCGCUGGCUGAAGGAUAACCUUGGCAUCAUUGGAUCAUCUGAAGAGCUCGAAAAAUUGGCGGCAUCCGUCGGGACGUCCUACGGUUGUUACUUUGUUCCCGCGUUCUCCGGGCUUUACGCUCCUUACUGGGAGCCGAGCGCUAGAGGAAUCAUCUGUGGGUUAACACAGUUCACAAACCGGAGCCACCUGGCGUUCGCCGCGUUGGAAGCGGUUUGUUUCCAGACACGAGAGAUUCUUGACGCCAUGAAUCAGGACAGCGGCAUUCCUCUGACUCAGCUGCAGGUGGAUGGAGGAAUGACCUCCAACAGGUUGCUGAUGCAGCUGCAGGCUGACAUUCUCUGCAUUCCUGUCGUGAAGCCGUCCAUGCCUGAGACCACAGCGCUCGGCGCUGCCAUGGCUGCCGGCGCUGCGGAGGGCGUGAGCGUGUGGAGCCUGAACCCAGAGGACCUGAGCGAAGUCACGUCAGAGAAGUUUGAGCCUCAGAUCAACCCAGAAGAAAGCGAGUUUCGCUACGCGCGGUGGAAGAAGGCGGUGGAGAAAUCAAAGAACUGGGAGACAACGCAGCCAGUAGCUAACGGAAAUGGCGAAAUCAGUAUCUUCAGCAGUGUCCCUCUGGGCUUUUACAUCAUGGGCAGCAUGCUGAUGUUAAUUGGUGCUAAAUACAUUGCAGGUGACAACUAAUCUCCUUGCAGUGGGUGAAGCGAAGUGAAGGUGGGGACCACCACCUGCGAUUGAGUUUCUGCAGGCUCCCAUUCCAGAAGAAUCCAAGCACUAGAUCCGCUUCACUAAUUUAUUUAUAGCUGCAUUUAUCUGUGGAAGAUGAGAACUUCUUUCUUUUUUUUUUUUUUAAACAAAAAUUAGGUGAAUUUGGAAGUAGAAGUCAUCAGCUUGUUCAUUUGCAUCACUCGUCGUCACGCAAAGUCCAGACCGGUUCUCCAACAAACGUCAAUUUUAUAGAAAAAAAAAAACACAAUAAGUUUUGGUCGUUUUUCUUGGCUUUGCUUAAACUUUAGUUUAAACUUAAGUUUAGUUGCGUUUCUGAGGAGAUUGUUGACCUGAAAAGGAGAGAUAAGUUCAAAUGAAGAGCCUAUUUUAGGACAACUACACUGUGUUUGUGUUUGGAAAAUGUGAAUAUCAGAUUUAAAGUCAUGUUUUGAAAAAACAAAAAGUAACCUCAUUCUUACAUCUUUGGACUAAUUGAGCUAGAAACAUCAAUAAUACUUGAACUAAUUUCCAAUUUCUGAGAUCAAAUCAUUAAAAAACGUUUUUUUUUAAAUGUGUACAAUGAAUUUUCUGGUUCUGUCAAAAGUAAAGGGAGUUUUACUGAAUGGGUGUGAGUCAGACGUUGGAGAGAAAACAAAUGUCAUUUGUUUGCAUGUCGCUCUCAAAGUUCAGAACAAACACGUUUGCCUAAAAAAAAAAAAAA